AUGCCCGCACCUCGGCCUUGCGCCUCUCGCCUCGCUCCCGCGCUACGCCCGAUCCUGGGUCUCAACGCUCCUCAUAAUGUGUUCAGAGCGGUGCGCGGGUCCGCGGUCGCAUCGCGCCGCUUGCCGACACUGCGGCACGCCCGCUUGCCCGUACUCCUGACCGCCCGACAGCCCGGGGUGCUUCACGCACCACUCCCGACCUGCGCAACUUUACCGCCAAAUUUUGACCGUCCCGAGCGCGCGUUCAACCGCGCGAAAAAUUAUCGCUGUCGAUGGACGACUUACGUUAACUACUAUUACAAUGAUUAUGUGUGA